AGAUUUUCAGUCAUCCUCUUCUGGAAAUAAGUGAGUGAGAGAGAUCAAAUGAAUAUGGAUACAAUUUCAGUAGACGGUGUUAUAAGGAGUGAUCAUGGUCAUGACCCAGCAAGAAGCAGAGGCAGAUCAGUGGAAGAGGAAUUGGAAGGCUUUUUAAGAGUCUACAAAGAUGGAGCCGUCGAGAGGUUCUCCUACGUGGUAUCCGAUGUGCCCGCAACGGAGGCGCCACAAGAGCCGGUGGCAUCCAAAGAUGUUGUAAUGGACUCGCGUACUGGUGUAUGGGCGCGCUUCUACCUUCCCAGAAAAGCUCUUUCUCGAGAAACCAAGCUGCCCCUGCUCAUUUACUUCCAUGGCGGCGGCUUUGUGCUGGGCUCCCCGGCCUGGUCUAUUUACCACGUAUUCAUGUCCAGAAUGGCUUCUCAUACAAAUUCUAUGAUAAUGUCGGUGGCCUACAGGCUUGCUCCCGAGCACCGUCUUCCAGCUGCCUACGAUGAUUGUUUCGGUGCCGUCAAGUGGGUCCGCCGCCAGGCAACGCAUGAACGCUCGCACGCUUCAUGGUUAUCAUCCUCCGCCGACUUUUCGCAGUGCUUUUUAGCCGGGGAUAGUGCGGGAGGUAAUAUCGUCCACAACGUUGCAUUGCAGUGCGCACGGGUGGACGUGAAGCCGCUUCAGAUGAGAGGACUCAUUCUUCUUCAGCCCUUCUUUGGCGGGGAAAAUCCGUGCAAACGAGAAGUGGAGAUGUCAGAGACGGACACAAAUCUGACGCAGCGAUGGGUGGACGUGUUCUGGAAGCUGUCGUUACCUGUUGGAGCGAAGAGAGAUCAUCCUGCCUGUAAUCCGCUGGCUAUGUCCCUGCGAGAUCUGAGUUUACCGCCGGUGAUUGUAAUCAUCUCUGAAAAGGAUUUGCUGAAGCAGAGGAACCUGGCUUACUGCCAAGCCCUGAAAAAUGGCAACAAAAAUGUCAGCCAUGUUAUGUUCAAGAAUGUGGGUCACGCCUUCCAAGUUCUCAAUCCCGAUUCUCAACGGAUUCCCGAGCUAUUAAGCGUUUUAGGCGACUUCAUUAACAAGAAUCGGAGUGCAUCCGCCUCGACAAUGUAAACAAAGCGUUCUUGCUGGGAUUGUUCUGUAACAAUUCAAUAAAU